GGAAACACGUUGAUUCAGUUACACUUUGACACGCCGCCGCUACAUUUGGUUUCCAGCCUUGAGUUUAAAGUCUUUUUUGUAGUUGUUGAAAUGUCUGAGGCUUUGCUGCAGUGGUGUGUGGACCAGUUACACCACAAGUUCGGGCUGGAGGCGUGUGAAGACAUCGUCCAAUAUAUUCUUACCAUUGAAAACGCUGAAGAGAUUGAGGAGUAUGUUGGAGACCUCCUGCAGGGCACUGAUGGGAGAAAAGGGCAGUUCAUAAAUGAGUUCCUCAGCAGAUGGAAGAAGACUAAAAAACAGGCUGCAGAUACCUCAAGUCCUCUUCUUCUCAAAGAGUCUUUGUCAUCAGCAGAUUCACAAGAUAUGACCAAAGAUACCCAGAAAAAGUCUAAACGCAAGGGCCGUAACAAACAGGAGCUGCCGACUGUGAGCCAAUCAGAGCCUGAACCAGAGGCAGUUAAAACCCCCAUUGAUCUGAUGAGGGCCCAAGAAAACAGUAGCACUUCUUCAACAAAGAAGAAAAAUAAGUUUGUCAAUCUCUAUGCCAAAGAGGGACAGGACAAGCUGUCCAUCUUACUCCCAGGUCGCCAUCCUUGUGAAUGCCUUGCCCAAAAGCACAAACUUAUCAACAACUGCAUCAGUUGUGGGCGCAUCGUUUGUGAGCAAGAGGGCUCAGGACCCUGCCUGUUCUGUGGAAGUCUGGUAUGCACAAGAGAGGAGCAGGAAAUCCUGCAACGAGACUCCAACAAAAGCCAGAAACUAAGAAAGAAGCUAAUGGGAGAUGGUGGCGAAAGAGAUUAUCUCCCACACCAAGAGGCCAAGAUGAAAGCUGGCUUGGAAAAGGCAGUCCAGCACAAAGACAAACUGCUGGAAUAUGACAGGAACAGUGUCAGGAGAACACAAGUUCUAGAUGAUGAGUCAGAUUACUUUGCCACCGAUUCCAAUCAGUGGCUGUCACCCAAUGAGCGAGAAAAGCUGAGGAAAAAGGAAGAAGAGCUGAGAGAACUUCGCCAUGCGUCUCGCAAGGACAGAAAGAUCACGUUGGACUUCGCUGGCAGACAAGUGAUUGACGAAGGAAACAACCUCAACGAGUACUACAACAAGUUGGAUGAGACAGUCAGGGCUAUGAACAGUGACUCUACGUCAAGAUCACCCAUGUAUUCUGAAAGACAGGGUGGAAGGCAGACUCUCGGCGAGCUGGUCAACCCCAACAUCAUGCAGUCUGCACCAGAGUGGGUGGAUGUUGGAGGCAGUCAAAGCCAGAAGAGAAACACGAAGCAGGGAAAGAGCUCCACAGAGGAAAAGGGAGGAGAAGAACGUCAAAAGUUGCGGCUCCAAGACAAAGAGCUGCAGGAGAUGUCUGACGGAGGCUGGUGCCUCAGUAUGCACCAACCGUGGGCCACACUGCUGGUCAAAGGCAUCAAGAGGGUCGAGGGGCGGACUUGGUACACGUCCCACCGUGGUCGUCUUUGGAUUGCUGCUGCAGCCAAGAGGCCCACCCCUCAGGAGAUAGCUGAGGUGGAAACCAUGUACCGCCACGUCUACAAGAAAGAGCCCAGGUUUCCUAAAGACUAUCCCACUGGCUGCUUAUUGGGCUGCGUCAACGUGACCGACUGUCUCUCUCAGCAGCAGUUCAGAGAACAGUUCCCUGAUACCUGUGAGGAGUCUGCCUCCCCAUUCGUCUUCAUCUGCACCAACCCCCAGGAGCUGCUGGUGAAAUUCCCCAUGAAAGGGAAACACAAGAUCUGGAAGCUGGAGAGUCAUUACCACCAGGGUGCCAAGAAGGGGCUGGUCCCAUCAGCUGCAGAGUGACGUUAGGAGGAGACGAUGAGGAGGAAAAACAGCCUGAUCCCUCGGGAACAUGGCAAAUUAUGUUUUCCAAAAAAUGGCUUCAUUCUGCACUGGGUUGUCCUGAUAUUCUGUCAACAGUUAACAGCGCUGACACAUUAUCAGCAUCAGCUCAUGUUUUUGAUCGGUUGUAUUUGCAUUUUACAUGAGGAAUAUUGCUUAAAAAUAUGCAGUACAUACACACAUAAUCAUUCUGACAAAUUUCUACAUUCUGCUUUAUUUCUGAUUUCUGAUUUUUGAUUGUUUGCAGAAAUAAAAAAAUAUAUAUAUCUUCAA